AUGGGAUCCGCUGCACCUACUUCUGCUCAUCUUAAACGUCGUCGUGAUAAACCACUUGUUAUCGAGAACAUCAGUGCACGUCAGCCAAACCUAAUGUGCGCCGUGGGUACCGGUGCGGCUAACAACGAAAUCACGAUUCAAAACCAUUUGUUUACGGCAUCUCCCUCAUUCUGGCUCUAUCUUUCUGGUAUUGCUCCAAGUGCGCCUGAAGAAAACAUUCUGCGGUUUGUGCGUUCCCAACUAGCAGCCCCGUUUGGAAUUCAAACCGAAUCAAAUGACACCUUUCGCGACUCCAAUUUGAGCGAGGCGACCAACUUCGAUAAUCAACCGUAUCAAGAAACUCAACCCGCCACUGCUGAUUCUUCUCCGCCAUCACCCGCUCCAUUCAGCACAUCAGUUCUCGCUCAUUCCGCCACAACGAACUCAAACGCCCAGCUAAUGGUGUAUUACCAGAACGCCGGUGGUAUGCGUACCAAAACCAAUGAGUUUUUGUUAGCACUGUCUUCAUGUGACUAUGAUGUCAUCAUGAUAACAGAGACUUGGCUGAAGAACGACAUCGGCAACAGUGAACUAGCCUCUAACUAUAAGAUCUACCGUAAUGAUAGAAAUGCCAACACAAGCCAUCUAAGACGUGGAGGAGGUGUGUUAAUUGCAGUUCGACAUGGUAUAGACGUAGCCUCGGUUGCGAUACCAGGCUGUGACCACCUAGAGCAAGUUGUUGUGCGAAUCAAAGAUCGGUGUCGCAAUGUCUAUUUCUGCUGUGCCUAUUUUAGGCCAAACAGCGAAACUGCCAUGUAUGCAUCUCACAUGUCUGCUCUCGAAUUCUUGACGAAUAUGAUUAGUAGUAAUGAUAUAAUCGUCUUGGCUGGGGAUUACAACCUACCGAAUUUGCUUUGGACCUUCGACGAGGAUGCAGAUGGAUUUUUACCAGUAAACGCCUCCACCGAGCAGGAGCUUGCUGUCAUCGAAUCGACGAUAGCCUGCGGGUUGUCUCAGAUGUGUUCGCUUGCGAACGCCAAUGGUAGAAUUCUAGACCUUCUGUUUGUGAAUAGACCCGAUUUAGCUGAUAUUUUACACCCUCCAAACGCAAUUUUAAACACCGACCGACAUCAUUAUCCAACUGUUUUACUGCUCGACUAUUUUUCUGACGAGCUUGCGGAUCCCGUUAGCUCGCAUAGACUAAAUCUAGAUUUUAUGCACUGUGAUACCGACCGUGUUAUGGAAUUGUUACUGAACACAAACUGGCAAAUACUUUUCGAAGGUCUGAACAUCGAUGUUGCUGUAUCAACCUUCUAUGAUCAUCUCUGGGACGUCUUACACAUUCACACGCCGCCUAAACGACUACCCCGACAUCAGCCUUACAAGCUCCCUUGGUGGAAUUCUGAGUUACGGAGGAGCCGCAACUUAGUUCGCAAAGCCCGUAAACGCUACCUUCGAGACCGAACGGACCAAAACAAGUCAAUGCUCUCAAGGCUAGAGAUUGCAUAUUCGACUCUUCGCAACGCUGUUUUCAACCAAUAUAUUUCUAACAUCGAACGCAACGUGAAGCAAGAUCCUUCGACAUUCUGGAAAUACAUCAAUAGCCGCCGCCUUACUAAUUGUAUCCCAUCGUCUAUGACGCUUCAAGGACGCACAUCGGAAAACAUCAAAGAGUCAGCUGACUUGUUUGCAGAUUUUUUUAGCAGCGUGUAUAGCCCAGUCACUCCUGAUUGUAAUAAUGUGUACUUUGAUACACUUCCUAGCUAUGACAUCAUUCUACCGCAACCCGUUUUCAGUGAACAAGAAGUUCUUAAAGUACUAAAUUCUCUUGAUCCCUCGAAAGGAUCUGGGCCUGAUGGGAUUCCAACAUCGCUUGUUGUAAAGAUAGCUGCUUCGCUUGUCACACCGCUGUGCAUGAUUUUCAAUCGAUCGAUCUCGGAAGGUGGUUAA